CCGACAUCAACCUCCAUGAACAAUCGUGAACUCUCUACAAUUGUCUUCUCAACAUAAACUUUUGAGAAACAGUCUGGGAAAAUGUUUCGCUUCCAUAAGACACUCGAUAUCGUGACAGUCUUCCACAAGGCCAGCUCUCCGGCAUCCGUCAGAGUCGCCAACCUUUUGAAGCAGGUCUCUGCCAAUGCCACUUCUGGCGCUACUCUUGACCAAGCGAGUGACCACUCUGCCCAGACGGCACCUAUUCGAGACCAGUUUGAGCUCAACAUCACCGAAGAUCCUCCUACAGACGACCAGGUGAAGACAAUUCUGGAAUAUGUUGGAAGCAACGGUAUCCCCAACGUGAUCAAGGGCGCAAACAACGAGAAGGAGGCUCUCAGGAAGUUCAAGGAAAGCAAAGAGAACUUCAUUCGACCAGUGGUUGUGGAUUGGAAUAAUGGCAAGGCCAUUGCGGGCGACAACGAGUCUGAGAUCCUCAAGCUUCUGAAAGCACAGAAGUAACGUCUCUAAAACUGUCAACGAACUAUCGCAUAACCCCUCUCUGUAUAUACUAUGUCAAUGAUUGACACCAUCUGACGAUCAGCCAUAUUAGCAUGCUGUAUUAGUGACCCAUCAUGA